GCUGAAGAUGGCGGAGAGUUAAUCGUGGAAAAAAAAGAAACUGGUGUUCUGAAAGGAAUACGUUAGAAUUGAUUGCUUCAUCCAUCAGCACGUUGGUAUGGAUCCGCUCCCUUCGCGCUGGGUCUCCGUUUUUAUGACCGCUUCAGGCCACUCGUCCGCCGACCGUCCUGCCUGGCCACGGCUCCCACGGUGACCUGGCAGAACCUUUUGAAGGCCCCUUGAGAUGAAGGAAGGGAGGAUACACCCCUCUGUCAAAAACACAUGCGGGCUUCAGGAGCUGAAGAAGGCCACUCAGUGUUAUUUACGGAUGUAAAGCUGAAUGAAGCUUGGUUUCGUCAUUCUCCACUGCUGAAGAGGUGCUGAUAUGUGUACAAGAUGAGCGGACUGGGAGACAACUCCUUAGAGCCGCUCUGUGCUGACCGGAAACGCAAGCUCUCCACCUGCGACACGCCUGGCCUCGGGUGUGACAAGCGGCGGCGGGAGCAGGAGAGCAAGUACAUCGAGGAGCUGGCCGAGCUGAUCUCCGCCAACCUCGGCGAUAUCGACAACUUCAACGUCAAGCCAGACAAGUGCGCCAUCCUGAAGGAGACGGUGCGGCAGAUCCGUCAGAUUAAAGAGCAAGGGAAAGCCUCCUCUAACGAUGAUGACGUUCAGAAGGCUGACGUGUCCUCCACGGGUCAGGGGGUCAUCGACAAGGACCAUCUGGGGCCACUUCUACUGCAGGCCCUGGAUGGCUUCCUCUUUGUGGUCAACCGAGACGGCAGCAUCGUCUUCGUGUCCGACAACGUGACGCAGUACCUGCAGUACAAGCAGGAAGAGCUGAUCAACACCAGCGUGUACAACAUCCUUCACGAGGACGACCGGGAGGAGUUCCACAAGAACCUGCCCAAGUCCAACAUGAACGGCGUGUCCUGGGGGGCUGAGGCUCCCAGACAGAAGAGCCACACGUUCAACUGCCGCAUGCUGGCGAAGUACUGCCACAGCGCUCCAGAGGAGGGCGCCAGCAGCCCACGAUAUGAGACCAUGCAGUGCUUUGCCCUCACCCAGCCCAAAGCCAUGAUGGAGGAGGGGGAAGACCUGCAGUCCUGCAUGAUCUGUGUGGCCCGCCGUGUGACUGCAGUGGAGAGGACCGAGAGCUUCAACACCAGACACGAGCUCUCGGGCAAGCUGAUCCAGAUCGACCACAACUCCCUGCGCGCUUCCAUGCGGCCCGGCUGGGAGGACCUGUGGCGCAGGUGCAUCCAGAUGUUCCUGCACCACAGCGAGGGUCAGCCCUGGUCUCACCGCCGGCACUACCACGAAGCCUUCCUGCAGGGCCACGCCGAAACCCCCCUGUACCGCUUCUCUCUGUCUGACGGAACUCCAGUCACGGCGCAAACCAAAAGCAAGCUGUACCGCCACCCCAUGUCCAGUGAGCCACAAGGCUUCAUAUCCACACACCUGCUGCACAGGGAGCAGAAUGGGUAUCGCAACAGCCAGGCUGGAAUGAUGCAGGGUGGAAUGAGGCCCCAGGGAAUGGGUAACUCCAACCCCAACGCCCAAAUGAACAUGCCACCUGGCGGGGGAAUGGGCAUGGGCAUGAACAGAGGCUAUAGCAUGAAUGAACAGGGUCACAUGGGCCAGAUGGGCAACUCCAUGUACAGUGGCAGCAACAGGAUGAUGCAGAUGAACCAAGUCAACCAGAUGAAUCCAAUGAAUCCAAUGAACCAGAUGAAUCAAAUGAACCAGAUGAGCCAGAUGAAUCAAAUGAAUCAGAUGAACCAAAUGAAUCAGAUGAGUCACCCAGGACCUGGAAUGGCGCAGCAGCAGCAUCCGCCCUUCCAGGGGGGAGCAUAUGGGCUGGGCAUGAACAGCCCCUCCCAGAGCAGUCCAGGCAUGAACGUCCCCCAGCAGAACCUCAUGAUGUCACCCAGGACACGAGGGAGUCCCAAAAUGGGCGCCAGCCAGUUCUCUCCAGGGGGGAUGCCCUCUCCCAUGGGCCCGGGCAGCUCUGGAGGAGCAGGGGGAGGAGGCGGUGGCCCAGGAGGGAGCAGCUCCUUCUCCAGCAGCUCUCUCAAUGCACUGCAAGCCAUCAGUGAAGGAGUGGGCAACUCACUGUCAUCCACUCUGACCUCACCAGCACACAAACCUGACAGUUCUCCCAGCAUCAACUCCUCACAACAAGCGCCACAGCAGCAACCAUCACAGCAACAGCAACCACAACCACAACCACAACAACAACAACAACAGCAGCAGCAGCAGCAGCAACAACAGCAGGCCCACUGUAAGCCAGGCCAUGUGGACUCCAAAAGCCCAUACAGUGCUGGGGGGGACCACCACCACCACCUGCACCAUCACCACCACACCCCAUCCGCUGACAACGCUGGCGAAAGGCCCGACAGCCAGGCAGGCCUGCAUGGCAGCAAGGAGAGCGGCGAGGCGGCCCCAGCAGGCCCUGCCAGCUCCGAGCCCCACAGGCGGGUCCCUGAGAGCAAGGGCCACAAGAAGCUCCUGCAGCUCCUGACCACUCCCACCGAGGAGCUGAGCCUGGGAGGCAGCAGCGGACCGCCUGUCCCUCCUGCUGCCGUCACCACCCCCACAGGCGCGGAAGCCAAGGACCCUGCCGGCUGCAUCACCAGCCCCUCCUCCACCGGAGUCUCCUCCUCUUCUGCUGCUGCCGGCUCCGGGCAGGCCUCCGGCACAGCCCAGUACUCCGCUUCCCUGCAGGAGAAGCACAAGAUCCUCCACAAGCUCCUGCAGAACGGGAACACCCCGGACGAGGUGGCCAAAAUCACGGCCGAGGCCACGGGGAAGGUGCCGGGCCAGGCCCUUGAUCCUGCAGGGGCGGAGUCAGCCGGGACAGGCACCACCAGCGGGGGCUCAUCGGGGCCGGGCGUCACGGACACCAAGCAGGAGCAGCACAGUCCCAAGAAGGAGAAGACCCAUGCCCUGCUGCACUACCUUCUCAACAAGGACGACUCCAAAGACCCUGUAGACAUCAAGCCAAAGCUGGAGGAUUUGGAGGGCAAGGCUGGCCUGGGCGCCUGCAGCAGCUCCGCCAUCGCCGCCUCCACUCCCGAAAAUGUGGAAAACAAGAUAAAGACUGAGCCCAGUGAUGAGCUGUACACUCUAGAGACGAUCUUAGGAGGCCUGAGGAACUCUGGUUCAGGUCUCUACCCUGAGGCAGGAGCAGGAGGGGGAACCGAUGGUGGCAACAAGCGGCAGAACUGCCCUGACGACAGCACACAGGGCAUGCCGUCGGUCCCUCGCGUCCCCUUUCAGAGGGCAGUGUCUGUGGACGGGAAGCCUGCUGGUGGGAUGGGCGUGGCGGGGCGGCGCAGUGCCCCCUGCCCCAUGCUCAUCAAGCAGGAGAACAUGGACAGCCAGCGUAUGAUGGGGGGCCCGGAAAACUUCCCAGGGAACAUAGGAAUGAUGAACCGGGGAAUGGGCGUGCCCCAGCGCUCUCCAAUGGGCGGCUCCGGAGACUGGGGGAUGUCGAGGUCGAGCGGCAGUCCAGUGGGAUCCGCGGGACACCCUUCCAUGAUCCGCCCUGGGAUGGACUACAACUCCAAAGGCAUGAUGGGAGGUCCCAUGGUGGGCAGAUCAAACAGCGUACCAGGCAGCAGGUCAAUGCUGCAGCAGCAGCUGAUGGACAUGGGUCCGAACGACAUGAACAUGGGCAUGAGUCCCUACAGCCAGCAGGGGCCCAGCCAGUCCCCCUCCUGGUCGGAUGGUGUGAUGGGAAUGGACAACAGCCACAACAGGGCGCAGUUUGGGAACACACUGGACGAGCUCCUGGUGCCCCCCUCCACCAGCGAGGGGCAGAGCGACGAGCGGGCCCUCCUGGACCAGCUGGACUCGCUGCUGAACAACACGGACGUGAUCGCGCUGGAGGAGAUUGACCGCGCCCUGGGCAUCCCGGAUCUGGUCAGCCAGGGUCAGGGUGGAGAGCAGCCGACAGAGCCUUUCCCGGGGCAGGAUCCCUCCAUGGUGAUGGACCAGAAGCCCAUGUACAGCCAGGGUUACCCAGGUCCCCCCGGCAUGGCCAUGCAGCCUGGAUACAACACCAACCACAUGCAGGGCCAACCAGGCGGCUUCAACCCCAUGAUGAACCAGAUGGGCCCGCAGGGCAACUUCCCCAUGGCGGGCAUGCACCCCCGCGCCAGCAUGCGCCCCCGCAUGCUCACCACCAAGCCAAUGAGGCUGCAGCUGCAGCAGAGACUGCAGGGCCAGCAGUUCAUGAACCAGAGUCGCCAGGGCACUGCAGUGGGGGGGAACCCUGUGCUUCGACCGGGCAUGCAGCCAGGCAUGGGAGGGCAGCCUGGGUUCCUGAACGCCCAGAUGAUGGCGCAGAGGAGCAGAGAGAUCAUGAACCACCAGCUGAGGAGGCAGAGGAUGAUGAUGCUGAUGCAGCAGAAGCAGCAGCAGGCUGCAGCAGCGGCCGCCGGUGGGUUCAGCCCCCCUCCCAACGUCACUGCCCCCGCCGGAAUGGACAACCCCAUGGGUGGUCCCCCCAUGAACCAGCCAGGACAGCAGCAGUUCGCCUAUGGGGGUAACUAUGGGAUGAACCAGCAGGGGGACCCCUCGUUUGUCCGUUCGGCUGGCAGCCCGCCCAACGCGAUGAUGUCAGGUCGUCUGGGCCCACCUCAGAAUCCCAUGAUGCAACAGCACCCCCAGGGUGGUCCCAUGUACCAGACAGCCGAGAUGAAGGGCUGGCCACAGGGAGGCAUGCCCCGAAAUAAUUCGUUCUCCCAGCAGCAGUUUGCUCAGCAAGGGAACCCGGGGUCGUACGGGGCCAUGAUGAUGAAUGGAUCCAUGCCAGUCAACGGCAGCGGGGGCCAUAUGGGGCAGAUGCCAGGGCAGAUGGGCAUGAAUCCCAUGGGUAUGGGGCGGAUGCCAAUGGGACCUGAUCAGAAGUAUUGCUGAGCUUGGAGCAGAGCUGCCUGUGUGCAAGCGGAGAGUCACUGUGAACCCUAUGGAGAAACGCGUGCUCUGUGUGUGCAGGCUUGCCUCUCUGUGCUCAUUCUAAUAGACUGAGCCCUCCUCCUCUACACCUGGCCCAGUAUGUGCAGUUUCUCACCUUAAGGACAAAUCCCACUGGAUACACACCGUGCUGACACAAGGCGGGUGGGGGCUACUACAUAUGUAAAUGUGUGACGGACUGUGACACACGCACACACACACACACACACAUACAGACACGCACACGUGUACACACACACGCUCACUGUGUGUGGCUCAUGUCUUCAGAGUCUAUAUAUAGUUUUUGUAGAGGGGUCUUAUCUCUGGGCUGUGUCUUUUCCCCACUGGAGGUACCUUCACUAACCUGACCACAUGGAAAAUGGUUUCAUCCAACACCGCGUGAAAAGGUCACCUCAUAUGUAGAAUGUACAUCAUGCAGCAUUUAGCCUUUGAUGUGGGAACACUCACUUUGAAAUGCGAUGGGUUAAGGUACUACGCAAAAAUAUUUUACUUGCGGUUGCACUUUACAGAAAGGUUGAUAUUGGAAGGAUUGUUGCAAUAUUUCUUGGUCAUUAUAGCCUUAUUCAAAAAUUAAUGCACACAGCAAACCUUGUCAUUUUUAUUUUAUUUUUUUCUAAACAGGGACCCAUUUAAAUUGAAAAAAGGUUAUAAAUGAAAAGCAGUAAGCACAGAUGUCUAUAUUAUGCAGAUUUAAGCAAUAAUCUCUAUGCUUUAGGCUGAAAUUGACAUGGAGCAUCCUCUACUCAAAGCAAAGGUACUGCAGUAUUACAUGUGAUGUCACACAUUUUGAAUUUUCCUGUCUGUGAAUAUGAAUUGUAAAUAUGCUUAAAAUGUAUUAUAUGCUUUUGUAGGUCACAUACCAUUUUUGCACAGAUUGUAAGGCUUGAUAUUUAAAGUAUAAUUUUCUUAUUCUGUCUUGUAGGUCAAUACAGCUUAUUUCCAAUAUUUCAUUUUGGGAAGUAAAAGCAAGUGGGCCGUCUUUCACCAUUGCUCAUCUAUAAAUAUGUAUUUCAAAAGCUAAAACAACCAGGCAGUUUUAUUCUUUUAAGAAAGGCACUUUUUAUUUCUGAAAUUAUAAUCAUGAAAUUGUUUUGUUUCCAGGAGGGUAGUUAAAGUGCUGAGUGAGCUUGUACUUUGAUAUUGCAUUUUAACGUAGCAAAGAUUUUUUAUAAACUUUCUCAGCUGGACAGGUGGGACAAACAAGUAAGGCACACACAGGAUAUUCCCAUUCUAAUGGCUGUGGGGAUUGGCUUGGUAUACAACUACACAAAUCUGAUAAUUCUCCAUUCCUUUCUGAGAAUUACAUUUCGCCCAUUAGCUGUGCCGAAAUCUUCUCUUAAGAUUUGGCACUGCCUUCUCACCAACAUCAUUCACUGUGUGGAAAGCAGCCAUGGUCAAGUUUACAACUCAGAGUUCAAAUCCGAGUCCAUGACCUGUCUUAAAAUUGCUGUGCACAUGCCGCAAAAUAUCAAAGAAGGUUUGGGACAGAUUGUGAAACAUGUUUUCAUUUUAGUGGUGCUUACAUAUAUUAGGAUUGAGAGAAAGGGUUGAGAUUGGGGAUGGUUUUUAUCUAUUUCAUUAUUCUCCUUAGUCUUUAAUAAGGUCCCUUCGGGCCUUUUUAAUUUCAUUCAAUUUUGAUUUGCCUUUCUUUACACUUGAUACUCUCUGAGAGGUCUAUCUUGUAGGACAUGCGCAAUCCAAAGAUUUUUUUUCCUGUAUUUCAAAUAGUUUCUGGUGUUGAUGGUCUACAUGCAUUUCUGCAUGUGUACGUUAAUGUACACACAGAUGCAUAUGAAUAUAUAUUAUAUUAUUUUGUAUAUUGUAUGAUACAGUGUAGAAUUAAUAUGUUUCUUGGUCUGCAACAGUCAUGCUUACUUUGCUCAUUUUCUUUCUUCAAGUAAAUGGCCAGUGAACAGCCCCUUGCAGUUUUGCAGGGGAAGAGGGUGUUUUAGAGACUCAUUGCUGUACCCUAUGUCUGGUUAUCAAACAUUGCAGUGAAAUUUAAACUCCUUGUGAAAACAAAAGUAAAUGUUAGCCCAUCCAUUAGAAUGACACCAGAAUUGCAAGUGUUAAGACAAUAGCUGUCUUUUUUUUUUUUUUUUUUUUUGCCUUUUUAUUUAGUAAUAGUAAGGACUGAGUUUGCUUCAAAGAUGAAGCCAAGUGGAUUUUUUUAUUAUUCUUAAUGGAGUAAAAGAUAGAAAAGCAUACAAAAAAUACAGCAGGAUUUUUGUCUGCGCUCUGCUUUUAAUUGUUGAAAAAAGAAAAACAAUCCUCCUCGCUCUGUACUCUGUUAAACGAAAAAGACAAAAAGUAACAAAUUAAAAUUAAGCUGUCAUAAUUUCAGGAUGUAAAUUACUGUUGCAUUUUUUUCUUACUUGUUUCUCGAUGUUAAUAUUGAUGUAAAUACAAAUUUCUAUUUAAAA